AUGGCGGAAAGUGACCGUGAAGAGUUCAUUUAUGGAAAAUAUGGCCAGGGCUACUCUGCCUCUACGGAAGUCAUCCGAGAGCAAGAGUACCCUAAUUUGAAUAAGACAAUUUAUCUUGAUCAUGCCGGUACAACCAUUUAUGCCAAGUCAUUGAUCACGGCGUUCUCGCGUGAUAUGAAUUCGAGUCUCUUUGGAAAUCCCCAUUCAAUGUCUGUAUCUUCGCAAUUGUCCACACGGCGGACAGAAGAGGUGCGAACUCGGGUCCUCCAGUUCUUCAAUGCUAGCCCCGAGGAGUUUGAUGUGGUAUUUGUGGCAAACGCGACAGCUGCUAUUAAAUUGGUUGCCGACUCGUUUCGGGAUUGUGAUUCUCGGGGUUUCUGGCUGUUCGCAUUUCCAGCCCAAUCUAACAUGAACGGUCGACGUCUCCCAAUCCGCUGGUGUGAGCAGAUCCGUUCCGCUGCUAAUGAAGCAGGGAAUGUAUUCACUCUUCUUGAUGCUUCCUCGUUUGUGUCAACCGCUCCUCUCGACCUAGGUAAAGCAACUGGUGCACCUGACUUUACGGCAUUGAGCUUUUACAAGAUCUUUGGAUUCCCUGAUCUCGGAGCGUUGAUUGUCCGAAAAAGCGCUGCCCGCAUUCUCGAACGACGAAAGUUCUUUGGCGGGGGCACAGUAGAUAUGGUGAUAGCAUCCGGAGCGCAGUGGCAUGCGAAAAAGGAAACCUCGAUUCAUGCGCACCUUGAGGACGGAACUCUUCCUUUUCACAGCAUUAUCGCGCUGGAUGCCGCCAUUGACACUCAUAAACGUCUGUACGGGUCAAUGGCGAAUAUUUCUGCCCACACUGGGUUCCUCGCUAAGCGAGUCUAUGAUCGACUUUCUGCAAUGGUACACUUCAACGACGCCAAGGUCUGUCAGAUCUACCAAAAAGGUUAUGAAAAUCCAGCUUUGCAGGGCCCGAUCAUCGCUUUCAAUCUAAGAGAUAGUCGAGGGGAAUGGAUUCCUAAGACCGAGGUAGAAAGACUAGCCACAAUGCAGAAUAUACAACUGCGUUCUGGGUCAGUGUGCAACCCUGGAGGAACAGCAUUCUCUCUUGGAUGGACAAGUCAAGAGCUGCGCCGUAAUUAUGCCGCGGGUUUACGAUGCGGCGAUGACCAUGACAUGUUGGGCGGCCGGCCGACUGGCAUCCUCCGUGUCAGUCUGGGGGCAAUGACCAACCUGGACGAUAUUGACUCGCUCACUGAUUUCAUCGAGAAGUUCUAUGUUGAGAAAGUACCUCCAUUGGUCUCACUACACCCUCCCCUGGAUGAAGACAACCUGGCCGCUCCUCACUUUUAUGUUGACAGUGUGACUAUAUUCCCCAUCAAAGGGUGUGGCGCAUUCAGGAUCCCUGAAGGCAAGAGUUGGGAAGUCAAAAGAGAAGGAAUCGCAUGGGAUCAGGAAUGGUAUCUCGUUCAUGCUGGGACUGGUGUUCCUAUAAAGCAGAGGGAGCACCCUCGGAUGACUCUUAUACGUCCCUCUAUUGAUAUCGACCGCAACAUCCUUCGCAUCACCUGCGACGCCAAGGCUGCAAAUGACAAACUAAGCCUCGAAAUACCUCUUACAUGGAGCCGCACGUGCAUGGGUACGAUGACUACUCCAGUACGUUCGAGAUGCCAAAAACAGCCGGUCAGUGCCUGCGAGGAUCAGUUGUGUCUUCGCGCCUACGCCUCACCAGUGGUUUCGUCGUUUUUUACCGAUUUCUUAGGCGUAUCUUGUACACUCGCACGGUUUUCCUCACAAGACACAAGUCUAGAUGUGCAGCUCCCACACCUUGCCAGUACCUGGAAAGAUCGGCUUCGGAGAUUCACCAGGUUCGGACUCUUCUCGCCCAGUGAUCAAUUCCCCCGAGAGCGUGGCCAGAAAUGUCUGGUCGUGUCCAGCGAAACGUCCCUUUUGAUUGUUUCCAGAUCUUCUGUCAAUUGUUUGAAUGAAACCAUCAAGGCCAACACCAAGUUGACAUCUGGCGUUAGCAGAAAUUUUGCUGCAGAUGUAUUCCAGGGCAACAUCGUGAUCGCGGAGCGGAACUCUCAGCCAGGGCACGCAGAACAGCCCUACGUUGAGGACAACUGGACGUCCGUUUCUAUCGGGCAGGACGACCUUCGAUUCGAUACUUUUGACCCGUGCCAGCGCUGCCAGAUGAUAUGUGUCGAUCAAGCUACGGGCGUGCAACGCAUUGAAAUACUUGCUGCUCUUCCCAAAAAGCGAAAGGUCGAUGGGAAAGUUCUGUUUGGUAGAUAUGCGGCCAUUUCCACAAAGGGAGCCAAGGGUGUUGAGUCAGGGGUGCCCGGCAGCAGGUCGAUUAUGGUGGGAGAUGUUGUGCUGCCAUCAUAUCAGAAUGAUUGA